CUGAUUGUGACCUCCCCUUCAGUUUAUUUUCUGCUCUUAAAUCGGCUCAGAUUCCCUGCAGCAGGUUGGCAGCGUUUUCUCCAAGGCAGGAAGACACAUGUUGGACCUGUCUCCCCCUUCCUCCUCCUCUUCCUCACAGCUCUGCUCUACACAUCGGUUCUAAAACAGACACACAAACUCAGUGUCAUCGCGCAGCAACACACAUCUCUCUGAGAGCUCCAGGAGGACCAAAGGUUUCAGCUCUAACAGCAAACGGAAUGAGGUGGUGGCUGGUGUGGGCCGCUUUGGGGCUCCUGGGGGUCCUGAUCCUCCCCGACGUUCAGGCUGGGGGGAGACAUCGAAACCACGAAGGAGAGAGACGCAAAGGGAAGAGAAGGAGGGACGGGCAGGGCGUCACUCGGACCAAAGAAGGACGCUCUAAACCUCUGAAGAUCAGACUGGUUCCUGGUCCAGCUAUCCCAGAGAAACCAGGAGGAAACCAAGGAGAUGCUGGAACCCUGACCUUUUACACGAACGGCCCCCAACUGCAGUCCAGCUACAGCGUCAUCCCAGGUAAGCAGGGCCAGUGCGUGUACCGCGGGCUGACCAUGUUCGACCUGGCCGUCUGGUCUCCGUCGCCGUGUGUGACGUGUCUGUGCAGUGAAGGACGGGUGGUGUGUGAUGAGAUGAGCUGUCCCAGAAUGCACUGCCCGUCCCCCGUCACCCCUGCAGGGCGGUGCUGCCCCGUCUGCAUGGAGCCAGACUCCGAGUUCAGCCUUGAACUUUCUGGUGACUCCUCAGUUCCCAGUGACCCCAGUGAGCCCAUCAUCCCGCUGACCCAGGAGGAGAUCCAGAGCAUCCUUUGGCGGGAGGAAGAGGAGCACCGUGAGGAGGAGGAGCGUCUGAGGAAGAAGGAUGAGGCCAGGAAGAAGAGAAGAAGAGAGAGGAAAGAGCGAGAGGAGAGGCAAAGGAAGAUGGUUGAGGAGAGGAGGAGGGAGGAAGAGGAGGCCCUGAGGCUGCAGCUAAAGAAAGAAGAGGAGGAGUGGAGGAGGCAGGUAGAAGAGGAAGAGAGACGCCAGGAGGAUGAGAGAAGAAUAGAACAGGAAAGAAGGAUGGAAGAGGAAAGAAGGAGACAAGAGGAAGAGAGAAGGAGAGAGGAGGAACAAAGGAUGGAAGAGGAAAGAAGAAGGCAGCAGGAAGAGGAGCAACAGAGGGAGGCAAAGGAGGAGGUGGAGGUGUGGCUGAGAGGAGAUGUGUUCCAGAUGCCCUCAGAAGAAGAGCUCAUCCCAUCACCAGAUCCAACACCUCCGGCUGUGACCGAGGAGCUGAUGGAGGAGGCAGAAGACAUAGAGGUGGAGGAAGAGGUGACACUGCAGGUGGAGGAGGAGGAAGAGGAGGAAAGAGAGACGUGGAUCAGAGGAGGCCUCCCUGCAGGCUGCGACAUCUCAGACGUAACCAUGACCUGCGAGAACGCCAACCUGAACCGCUUCCCUCCUCUGAGCAUCCCAGAGCUCAAGUCUCUCAGCCUGGAAGGAAACAACAUCAGCAGCAUCCCAGCAGAAGCCUUCAACGGCAUUCCCAACCUGGAAUGGAUCAACCUGAAGAAAAACAAGCUGACCUCUGCUGGGAUCAAUCCCAAAGCCUUCACAGGCCUAAAGAUGCUGAGGCGUCUGUACCUGGAUGAGAAUCUUCUAGACGUGGUUCCACCUGACCUCCCCCCAACUCUGCAGGAACUUAAGAUCAAUGACAACCAACUGAGAGGAAUAGAUGAAAACGUCUUCCGAGAUCUUAACAACCUGGUGAUUCUGGAGCUGGAGGGGAAUUUGCUGAGUGAAGGGAACGUCAGACCGCGGGCCUUUGCACCAUUGACUCAGCUCUUCUACCUCAGACUGGGAAGAAACUAUUUCCGCACUAUUCCACAAGGCCUUCCUAAGUCGCUACUGGAGCUGCAUCUGGAGAACAACCUGAUCGAGGAAAUCUCAGAGACGGUUUUAAAUCAGACCACAAACCUAAACCUGAUUUCUCUGAGACACAACAAGCUGGACGAGACCAGGAUCGCCCCCAUGGCCUGGUUCAACCACAGGAACUUGGAGUCCAUUGAUUUGUCCCAUAAUGACUUGUAUCUGGUUCCAUCCUACUUGCCCAAGUCAUUGGUCCACUUAGUGCUGGUGGGAAACAACAUAGAGAGAAUACCUGGAUACAUCUUUGCCCACAUGGAUCCCGGUCUGGAAUACCUCUACAUGUCCUUCAACAAGCUGGACGGGGAAGGAAUCGAGCCGGAGUCAUUCUUUGGCGCCUAUCACUCCAUGACGGAGAUGUGCCUGGACCACAACCAGCUGAUCCACAUCCCUCUUGGAAUCAGUGAAAUGACCAACUUACAUUUUCUUCGGCUAGACAGCAACAGGAUCAGAAGCAUUCCCGAGGGAAGCAUCUGCGACCUGGACAACCACGAGGAAACUAAUCUGGUGGCAUUAAGGAUGGACAACAACUACAUCGAUCCCAACAAGGUGUCACCAGCAGCCUUCUCAUGUUUACGUUCUGCUUCCAGUGUGGUCCUGAAACCUCAGAAACCCAUGUGAGCAGAAGAUCCUCAGAACCAGAGACUAACAGACAUUUGUUGGAAAGAUUCUGGUUUUGAAUCAAUGAACUAAGAACGUUCCCUCAGAUCUGUGAUGUUCAGGAACAUGGUUAGAGAAUCUUUUCCGAUCUGUCUGGACUUCAUGUUGUAAGAUUUUGGGCUGCUCUGCCCCUACAUGACACUUGGGGUCUGGUAAGUUGUUCUGCUGGGUCACAUGGACCACCUUUGGCUGUUAGACGAUGACUGAGAACUUCCAGGCUUCACAAACCAAACACAUCUGUCUCCUUAGGUAAAAUGUUAAACUCUGUAAAGUGGAAAGAACUCCUUCCCUGGAGACUGUAAAAUAGUAAUAAAGAAAUGGAAAGAAUUUCUCUGCAGUGGGACCAGAACACAUUAUUUCCUAACGACCUCAGCAGCUUCAUGUUCUGAGCUCUUUCUUCCAGGAGUUUCUUCUAUAAAAGCGAAAACAAGGUGAGGGGGGUGGGAAGUGUUCCUUAGACUCUAUGAAUUACUGAAUCUAAAUAUGUUUAAGGUGCAGGUCAAAACAUGUUCAGCAGGAGAGUUAAUGGCUUCAGCAGACGAGGUAACAGUAACUGUCAGGACAUGUCAGCUCAGGUUGGUUUCUCCUCAGUGGAUAAGGUAGAGACGGGACAGGGAGUUCCUCUGGGGGGCUUAAAAGAGAUUUAAAACUAAUAUACAGUCAUGGGAGAAGGUUUCAGUGAUUGACUCACUAAAAGCAGAGGUUUUCUUUGCCUCCAUGGCAAAUAAUAAGCAUUAACCAAUGCCAGGAGGAAAAGACAUCAGCAAUGAAUUUAGAGAAGCAACUGUUGAUUCCCGAAAACCAGGAAAGGGUCAUAAGGUCAUCUCCAAAUAAGAUAAAGUCCAUUAUCCUACACAGAGAAGAAUUAUAACAUUUAAAUAUUAUAUCAUUUAAACAUUAUAACAUCUUAGCCAUUUUUCUCAGGAGUUGAGAUCCGAGAAGAUCCAGCCCAAGGUUAGAGCAUGGAGAUCAGAAAUGUCCAGAAAGGAGGGAGCUUCAACGCAGACUCUACAGGUCAAAGUUAACAGUUAAAGGUCAUGACCUUGAAACAGUCUGCCUUAUCUCAGCUUACUCUUGAUGAUACUCAAAAGAAUCUCGUAGGUUCUACAGGCAGAUAAAAAGGGGUCCACAGUCUGCUAAAGGAGGUUCUACAGGUUGCUAAAGACGGUUCUAGAGUCUGUUAAAGUAGGUUCCAUAGUCGGCUAAAGGAGGUUCUAGAUUCUGCUAAAGGAGGUUCUAUAGUCGGCUAAAGGAGGUUCUACAGUCGGCUAAAGGAGGUUCUAUAGUCGGCUAAAGGAGGUUCUAUAGUUGCCUAAAGGAGGUUCUACAGUCUGCUAAAGCAGGUUCUACAGUCUGCUAAAGGAGGUUCUAGAGUCUGCUAAAGGAGGUUCUACAGUCUGCUAAAGCAGGUUCUACAGUCUGCUAAAGGAGGUUCUAUAGUCCGCUAAAGACGUUUCUAGAGUCUGCUAAAGGAGGUUCUAUAGUCGCUUAAAGGAGGUUCUACAGCCUACUAAAGGAGGUUAUACAGCCCGCUAAAGGAGGUUCUCCAGUCUGCUAAAGGAGGUUCUACAGUCUGCU